AUGUGGAGACUGCCUGAGGGCCGGGCAGCCUGGGCUUUAGCUCAGCUACUUGAGAGGGUCUCCAUCUUGCCCCCUGUCUUUGCUGCUGCCUCUCCUACCACCCCCAACCUCUACCUCACAGUCACAGGAGAAGAGGCAGCUCAGACUACACUUGACUUUCUCCAACUUUCCUGAGAACACCUGCUGAGGCAAAAACAGCAGCAGGACCUGGAGGCAGUGUCUGUGGAAGCGGAAGAUACUACUCCCAACCAUUGCACGUCCAGCUUCCAAGUUCUAGUGGUGUCAGCCAAGUUCAAGGGGAAGCUGCUGCUUCAGAGACAUGGGCUGGUAAACAGGUGCCUAGCAGAAGAGCUCCUGUACGUCCGUGCCUUUGAGCAAAAAACCCUGACCCCAGAGCAGUGGGCCUAUGAGUGGCAGAAAUGA